AUGGAAUCUUUAGAUAUCACAUGCCUACUGCUAUUCUUCUCCAACCUUUUGAUCUUGGGAGCCUCUUCGUCUCAAGAUCACAACCAACAUUUUCUUCAAUGUCUUACCGAUCAAUUUCAACACUCAAACUUAGAUCCAUCUAACGUUAUCCACACUCCCAAAGACGCAUCAUAUGAUUCUCUUUUGCACACUCAAAAUCGUCGACCAGCAUCAACCUUCCCCCUCAGACCUCUUCUCAUCAUCACCCCCUAUCACAAACGUGAAAUUAAAGCAGUAAUUUACUGCUCCAAGAAACUCAGGGCACAAAUUAGAGUCCGAAGUGGCGGGCACGACUAUGAAGGACUAUCUUACUCUUCUAAGGUUCCUUUCGUCAUCUUAGACUUGAGGAACUUCCGAUCAAUAUCAAUAAACACUAAAGAUAAAACUGCAUGGGUUGAAGCAGGCGCCACACUUGGGCAAUUGUACUAUACAAUUGCUCGGCACAGCAAGACUCUUGCUUUCACGGCAGGCGUUUGCCCAACUGUGGGCGUCGGAGGGCAUAUCUCAGGCGGCGGAUACGGCAUGAUGUCCCGCAAGCACUCCAUUGCCGUUGAUCACGUCAUUGAUGCCAAGGUAAUGAAUGUUGAUGGCCAGAUUCUAGACCGCAGGUGCAUGAGCGAGGAUCUAUUUUGGGCCAUUCGAGGAGGCGGGGGGGCUAGUUUCGGCAUAGUUCUUGCAUGGAAGGUGGAGCUAAUUACUGUUCCCGAAACUGUGACUGUUUUCAACGUUUCCAGGACAUCGGAACAUAAUGCAACCCACCUGGUGCACAGGUGGCAGUACGUUGCUGAGAAGAUUGACGAAAAUCUUCUGCUCAGGCUUUUCUUGAGAAGCUUCGUGUCCCCAAUUCUUGGAAAGAGAACGAUACAAGCUUCUUUCACUAGCCUGUACUUGGGACGAGUUCACCAUCUGCUGCCAAUAAUGCAAGAAAAAUUUCCGGAGCUUGGUUUGGUGGAAAAUGAUUGCACUGAAAUGAGUUGGAUAGACUCCGUACUCUUUUUUGCAGGUGUAAGAAACGAGUCCCUCGACAUUCUGUUAAACAGGAAUCCGCCUCGCAGGCCAUACUUCAAAGGUAAAUCGGACUACGUGAAGCAACCUAUCCCUAUAAAUGGUUUAAAAGGGAUAUGGAAAUUCCUCCAUGAAGAAGCUGAAAUUAGAGCUGAAUUGGAAUUAAGUCCAUACGGAGGGGUAUUAAGUAAUUACUCAGAAUCUGAAACUCCUUUCCCACACAGAGCAGGCAAUAUAUUCAUGAUCCAUUACGGGAUUGCCUGGAACAGGCCAGGUAACAUUGCCUUAGAAAAACACAUGAAUUGGAUCAGGAGACUCUAUAGCUACAUGGCCCCUUACGUUUCGAAAAAUCCUAGAGCAGCUUAUUCAAAUUACAGGGAUCUUGACUUAGGGAUGAAUAAUGAAGGAAACACUAGCUACGAACAAGCCAGUGUUUGGGCGCUCAAAUACUUCAGGAACAACUUCAAUCGAUUAGUUCACGUGAAGACUCAGAUUGAUCCUUCCAAUUUUUUCAGAAACGAGCAAAGCAUUCCACCUCUAUUGUCGUAAUAGAAGAACAAAA